AUGAUCAUAAGCUAAUAAUUUACCUUGGAAGGAUAAAAAAGAAAUCUUUCUUCGCAAUAGUAGAUAUAUUAUAGAUAUAAAAUAUAAACACCUUUGAACGAAACGUCUGAACCAUUUAAAUUCUAUGAAUCAGAUUAAGUAAUAGUAAUAGAAGCAACUGAUAGGAAAUACAUCAAAUUCAAUUAUUUAUACUCUAUUUUCUAGCUAAAUGACUUUCAAUACAGAACUUUCUUCUACAUUUUGAUCUUAUCUGAAUGCCAUAAUGUAGACAUUAUUCAAUAGUCUCCCAUCAAUGAAGAAUUUUUAUACUAGUUUAACUUGACUGAGAGGAUCACUUACUAGUUUGAUGAAUUUCUAGCUCAAAAGAGUUUCUGUCAACCUUAUCUAUACUAUGAAUUAGAACGGCAUUAACCUCCUGCUAGCUUACUCUAAUUUGAUAACCUGACCAGAACCUUUGAUAUUUACACAGAUUUGAAUGAAAAAAACAUUUAUAAUUUCACCUUGUGGAUUGGAAUCUUGGAUUCCCCUCUGAAUAUAAGUGUUAAAUUUGCUGUUAUUGUUUAGCACUCAUGCAGCAUAGAACCUACAGAAAAAUUUUCUGUACUUGAUUAUUAUUAUAAAAUUAGAUCAAAUAAUACAGUGCCCGAAGUUUUUGAAAGAUAUGAUUAUCCUUAAGGAUGGCCAGAUAUUUGCCCCAAAUUCUAAUAUAAACUCGCUGAUAGUUAUAAUAGCUACUAAGCUGUAUCUACAUACUUUUUUUUAACAAUGUCAAGCGUUAACUGCAGUGAAAAUAUGCUUUUAGCUACCACCCUUGGAAAUUUAGAGUAUUACUUAUAUGAGCCAUAGAUCAAAUACUAUUUUCCAGCUUUUAUCCAAACUUCUCCAGAAUGUGGUAUUGUAAAGUAUUACAUGUAUUAAGAUAAUCCCUGGAAGUCUGCUUACACAAUAGGAAUAUGGCUGGAUAUUAGAGUGGGUGAAAGCAUUUCAACUAAUAUCAGAAUGGAAACAAGAAAUUUAGAAGAUGCAAAUUAUUCUUAAAGAACAUAGAAUCUUAUUCUAGAAGGAAUUAAUACCUUUGGGCAAGCAAAUUAAACAAGAUUCACAUAUACUAUAAUAUACAGAUGUGCCUAUCUAAAUGUCUAGCCAGUAAACCCCUAAAUUAGAUUAACUUAUGCACUAAAUAAGCAAGAUGUCUCUUUUUAUUUGUCAUCAAUAUUCAAGCUAAAUGAUACCAUCCUUUAAAAUUGCUAACCUAUUAUAGUUGAGGUUAUUGGCUAUUAUGAUAAAGACAAUAAUGAGCUUAGUUAAUCUAUUUUUUCUUUGAUACUUUAAACUGUUCCAAUGCUACUUUAAAAUAUUAGCCAGCAUUACCUUAAAUUAGCUUUCAAAUUGAUUCAUCAGAAGCACAAAAAGAUAAAUUCCAAAUUCAAGAAUGGAUGUCUACUAUAAGUAAAUGUAAAUUUUCAAACUACUAAAUAUGGUUGGAAAAUAAAGAACUUCCAGUGA